AUGGCCGACACAAACCCCUACGGCGCGCCCCCCUCGCGCCUCGUCCUCCUCUCCGACCUCCCCCACCACCCCAUCGGCGCCAAAGUGCGCUUCCUCGGCUGGCAAGUCCUCACCACACACCACUCUCACAACCACAGUCUAACCCCCCUCCCAAACAGCGUCGAGACGUACGCCGUCGCCUCCGCAACUCUAACCCUCACGCACGCAUACCCGCCCCCCACCACCGUCUUCGCCCACGUCGACAUCACGCUCGUCCUCCAAUCCGUCCAUAACCGCGACCUGCAGACCGGCGCAUGGGUGAACGUAAUUGGCUAUGUUGCUGUGCCGAGGAGCUGUGAUAAUGGCAGCACCACCGCCCACAUCCAAGCCCUGACGCUCUGGAACGCAGGCGAGAACCUGCAGCUCGCCGCGUACGAGCAGGCGGUCGAGGCACGGAAGGCCUUGGAUGGUGGUGGGUGAGAGGGGUUUCUCCCUGUGGGGGUAUCCACGAAAGCGUAGUCCAGUCCCUAAACACGGCGCGCAUGAUGCGGAAAGAGCCCAAGUUGGGGAGAAGACGAUGCCAGAGUAGGAGGCAGGAAGUAGGAGGGCAGACGCCUCCACCACACCACCAUGGACCUCAAGCUACAAGCUCGCACCCAGCACCCCACACCCCACGCGAAACCAGCCAGAGCGAGUAAGCAAUCAGAGUACCUAGGCACAUACCCCACAGCCAGCUAGCCAGCCAGCCAGCCCACAACACGACGCACACGCACGCGUGGGGGCAAAGGCGUAAAAGCAGCUGGUACACACGGCGCG